UUCGGGUUCAUAGCCUACAUUGUUGGUCCCAUCGGACAGGAUGGUCAAUUAUUUCUACGUAUACUUAUCUACUCCAGAUUACUUGGACCCACUAUUCCGUGCGAAGGUAGCCGGGUUCGCUGGGUAUUACGUUUUAUUCCUGGAUUUCCAAGGCGCAUCCGAUUCGGUUGACCGGUCUGUUCUUUUUGAAAUGCUUGCCCACCAAGGAAUGCCCCGGAAGUUUGUAAACAUAAUGCGUUCUUUGUAUUCUCAGACUUCCGGACGUGUGAGAGUGUACGGAGAGCUCUCCAAAAGCUUCCGCACACAAAGCGGUGUCCGUCAGGGAUGCCCACUCUCUCCAUUCCUUUUUAACUUUGUGAUCGAUGAAAUAAUGAGACGAACGCUGGAGGGUCUCCAAAACCCUGGUGUUCAAAUAGCCAGUGAAGAAAACCUUGUCGAUCUGGAAUAUGCAGACGACAUCGUUCUCAUGUUCGAAGAUAAGGAAAAGACGCAAGUAUUCUUGGAUGAACUGACCAAAGUCAUCCCGUCCUCUGCACUUAUGGCCGCGGCUGGCUAUUAUGGCGUUUCACUUCUUACCGGGGUCCAGGUCCCCAAGGUUGGGAUUGCUUGCAUCAAAUUCAUUUUAAAAGGAACUGCUGUCGGAGUUGCGCAUGCUACAGGAUCGUAUGUUUCAUCGCGAUUUUCCGGGGACACAAAUCACUGGGGCAACCAUCUGGUUGGCGGUAUUGCUGCUGGCAUAGUUUCUGGCAGUCAUGGGAAACCAGACAAGAAUAAGUUACUCACCAAUGCACACAGUUCUGGCUUCAUGUCUGACUCGGAUCCCGUUGCCGGCCAUUCGGGUGACCCUGAUUUCAAAAGUUCAUUAGCCAUCGAUGCGGAGCAGCCGCCUCCAUCGCUGCCUCCACGUGUACAGCGCUACGGAAGGUCCACACAGCCACAUACAAUCCUCUCUCCGGAAGCUUCCAGCAAAAAUUCUGUGGCAUCUAGCACUGUCUACGUAGAAAGAGCUGGUAGCUCUCCUCAUCGAAUCGGAACAGUGUCUUCUCCCCAACCAUCCAGACCGCAUCGUUUUACCCGUGUCUCUGUCAGUUGUCCGAUAAUUUGUCCGCUCUGCAACGAUUAUGUCAUCACGCCGCGCUGCUCGGCCUGUCAGUGCACGUGUUGCAAAUCUAUCUUCCACGCCAAAUGCUCUCGAUUAGUCGCUGUUCGGGGAGAUCGUGUGCCGUGUCUACGACAAGAUUCUACCUUAUCCCAGAAAUCAACAGAAUCAUCCAGCUCUACCCAGUCUGUGGUUAUAAGUGAUGGCCGCUUUCUACCAGGGGUAGCAAUCUCCACGUUGGAGCAGCCGUUGAUCAACUGGAACGAAAACCAAAUCGCCUAUUGGCUUUCGGUUGUCGGUCUGAGCAGAUUUGUGGUGCUUUUUCUUCGGAACAAGAUCAACGGCAAAACUUUGGUCCAACUGGCUCCCUACUCCUCGCUCCUCGAUCAGGUGACUGAUCCGUUUGCCAGACAGGCACUGCGUCGGGCAAUUUUUGCAAGUUUGAUUUUGCUUAUCUGUUUUUGUGCUGUGCAGGACAUUUUAGUCCUUAAAAACGUUGUUCUUUCUGGCAGCCAACCCUCUCCGGGGGACGAUUCCACGUUGUCGACCGAGGUGGAUGGUACUGGGAAGAAACUCCUGUUGAAACCAGAAAGUCAAGUUCCACAUCACUUGCGUGUUACUUCUUUUUUGCAAGAAGUUGCGUGCGCAAGUUGUACUUUACCACUACUAGAGCGCGAAUUUACUGACCGGAAGGUCCGUGGUUCAAACCCGAGCUCUGCCUCUCGACCUCCCCUGUCCAGGCUUGGGCAAUCUGGCAGUAUCCCAGCCCUCGUGCUUCCCACAGGUGGCAUGGCAGCUAGGCACUUGAGGAGUGUUACAGCUGAACGAUUUCGAUUUUCGUUUAAAAGUUGUGACCCCCUCACUGGCCUCUUUCGUCAGGGUUUGCAAUGCCAGUCAUGCGGAAUGAUCUUCCACAGACUGUGUGCAUCGCUGGAUGAUCUUCCCAACUGUCCUCAACUGCUUCCUUCAACAGAGUCCUCCGAGGAAAUUGGGGAUCUACCAGGUUUAGAGACUUUGGAGUAUAGCCAUCUACCACGAAGAUUACCUCCUUAUUCGAGUUUGUACUUUGGUGUGGCCUUGGAAGACCAGGUAUUGGAUCAAUACUCAGACGUCCCCUUAUUCCUGUUGACGUGUACCAAUGAAAUCGAACGGAUUGCUUCUGAUAGCUUUUUGAUUUCCGAGGAGCGACCUCUUGAUCCGGCCAAUCUGGUUCAUGCAUAUCAACAGACUGCACUGACGAGUACCCUUGUGGAGCUACACCGACAGUUCUCACAUAGUCUUCCAUCAACCGGUGGCUCCAAGUCAGAUGUCGUUCGGCUUACGCAACUUCUCAAGGCUUUUCUUCGUGCUCUACCCGUCUCAGUUAUACCGGAAGAUCAUUAUCGGAAUUUCUGUGGCCUGUCGUCGGUCACCAGUGCUGCCGAACGAACAGAAGCCGUGCACCUGUUCCUCGCCAAACUACCGCAUCUGCACCGCGUGUGUUUGUCGCAUAUAAUGAAACAUUUGGAUUUCGUUUGGUUUCAUCAACGCAAACUCCAGGACUAUUUAGCAACUGAACCCCAAGAACUGAAGAAUGCGACUUCUGGCUCCCGGUUCCAGCACCUCUGCAAACCCAACAGCUGGCUUCUCGUAUUCCGGCAGAUCCUGAUUCGUCCACCUUGGCCGUUAUUGAUCGAUUUCGCUGUUGGUCUAGAAGUUCACUUGCGCGCGCUUCAGGCAGUUUUUUUCACCCUAGCCACAACUCCGAGUGACAUCGCUCCGUUAGGCCCUGCCAUUCUGAAUCUCCCGUUGCCUAAAAAGAGUUUGACGGAAGACAGCGUGGAGAGUAGGUGUGAUGCGGACAAGUUUUCAAGACGGAAUGUAGUCGAAUGUUUCCGUUUUGACAAUGAUUCGCGACUGGCCUGGUCUAAGGAGGAAGUGGGAGGGAUCGAAAAUGUUUUGGCGAGCAACGAUGAUCCCGUUCUAAACCUGUCAUACUGUGCUGCAAUGAUCCUACCGACUAUAUUGGAUGGAAUUUGGCUCUUAAAGGUUCAACUGUGCUCGGAAGGUCAACGGGGGCAUUUCAUUCUUGAAGAUGACCCGGUCUACGUGGUGGAUAAAUUUGUUUACCUAAGUAGUUGUGUAAUUUCCGGUGGACAGCUCGGAGAUGAGAUUACUCUUCGAAUCGAAAAGGCCAUGUGUGCGAAGUUUGAAAGCACUAACAGCCGCCUAUUGUUUCAUUUGAUUGUAGAUGCAGAUAAGCUUGACUAUGGUACAGUUGAAUUCUCUCCUUUGGAACGCUUGAAUACAUCUCAGUUGUCCAGUCCAACCAUUGACACCCCUCCAAGUCCGACCUCACGAGCAGCAAAUGCACGUGAUCUGUCCACGCGGGAAUGGUAUUGGGGUGAUAUAUCUCCGGCUGGUGUGCGCGAAGUGAUGGAUGGAUUUUCGGACGGAUACUUCUUGGUCCGUGAUGCUUCGGCGAAUUCGGUUGGUGCUUUCACCCUGGCUGUUAGGCUCCACGGGGAGAACAAACUUCUUCGUAUUUAUCAUCGCGGCGAUUAUUUCGGCGUCGUGGAUCCCCCGCCACCAAUAUUCCGCCUAGUAUCAGAGCUUAUAGACUACUAUCGAUCUCACAGUAUACGGGUUGAAGAAGACAUUCUUCUACGACCUAUUUCCCACCGACAUUACCGGUUCCCAAGACUGGCUGUGAGUAGUACACCUACAGACCCCGGGUCGGUUUGUUCAGUAUCCGAAUCUGGAGACCGGGGAGUUUUCGCUUGUAAUCUGUCACCGAAUCAGUUGCUUGUGCAGCUAAAUCGUACCAACGCUGAACUGGGUCAGUGCGAGUCCCGAAUCAAGGAACUCUCGGAUAUGGCUGAACAAACGAUGAAAUCAAAAGAUGAAGCUUCACGAUCAAUUAAGGGCUAUCGGAAACUGCAAGAGUGGCUUCAACUGCAACAACAGCGACUUGAGCAACAUUCUAGUCUACCUAGUUUGGAACGCUUCCAUGAGGUACUGCACGAGAAGCUCCUGGAGGCGGAACGUCAGAUCAAGGCCGGAAAUCAGCAGUUUGCAGUCGAAAGUAACCGAUGCCGUGAUAUUCUUAAGGAGCAAGUGCAUACAACGACCCGUCGGAGAAAACUGAAGCGCCAAGCCCAGGAAGUUCACCGGGCACUGAAACAUCAAGGCGUUCCAGAAGAUGUCAUUCUCAAUCACCAAAAUUCCAACGAGGAAACUGGUGGUACUUUGCCAACAAGAUCUUCCCGUUCCUCCUCCUUACUAACACUUUUUUCACGCGAACAGGAUUAUGGGAAUCUUGGCCUAAGCAUUCCAAAAGAGAUUACCAAUUCGUCUGCUUGGUUUCUGCCCAAUGUGACACGGGAGAAGGCAGAACAACUGCUUGCUGAUAAGCCGUCAGGAACGUUCCUCAUUCGCUCCUCCGGAGAUGGAAGCAGUUUGGUAUUAUCCGUUCGCGUGGAUUCCUCCGUUCAGCAUUGCUUGAUACAUUGUGACAACGGUCGCUACGGGUUUGUACGACCUCCUGUACAAUCGUUUGGCAGCCUAGAGGCUCUCGUGUGCCAUUAUCAUGUGUACAGUCUGAAACAACACAACCGCCUAAUGACAACGACCUUACGUUUCCCUGUCAACUCCAACCUACUGUGAUGUUGAGCAAUGUGUGUCUUCCAUAGAGGUGUGUACGUCUUCGUGCACCCCUAGUCUAUCCCGGUUCCCUGUUUUCUAAUUAUCCAGCCUCCGUCGUCCACCUACGGUGAAGUACCUGUUACCCUUCAUCGGUUUCUCACGACUAGUUUUAUUCGUACUGUGUAUUCUACUGACUUACUUUGAUGUAUUUUUGCCUGAGUGCUCAUGACCAUUCUUACCGAUUUGAGCAGCUCACAAUGAAAGUGAGAACAAUAACGACGACAGAAAAUCUGGUGUGCUUUCACUUGGGGCCAGGAUGCAUCUUUCUAUGCAAUGGAUUUUGGCCGCUAACUAUUUUAUUCUGUUUCUAACCGUUCAAUCAUCACACAUAAACACUCGGUUGGCGAUUUGUUUCUCUUUACCUUACCGGUAUUUGUGUUCUACCGA